AUGGCUGGUGGUGGUGUCUUUCUCCUGCUGGCCUUGACGGCCGUGAUGGCGUUGGCCUCGUUCCUCGCCGGCGCAUUACCACUCUCCAUGUCCUUGUCGCAAUCACAGCUUCGGUUAAUAUCAAGCAUUGGCAUAGGCAUACUUGUCGGCACGUCUAUGAUAAUAAUAAUACCGGAGGGGAUCGAAGCCAUCACCGAAGCGUCGAGCUCGGCACACGCGCAGAACACGAGAUGUCUACGAGAUGUGAAAGACGCAGCCACCGUUCGUUGGGUGGUAGGAGCCUCCGUCGCUUCCAGAGAUGAGCAUCCGAUCUGGUCGGAGACUACUAGAAGAGAAGACCCGCUGGAUAUUUUACACGCCUUGCCCGACCCGAUAACACCCUCGGCGGAGACGACAGGCACAGCUAUCCAUGAUAGGGCACCAGCUGAUGAGCCAGAGAGUACAGGCGAUGGACCGAUGCCAGUACCAGGGAGCCAACAUGCCGAAGUAGAAGUUCCUACCUUCUAUAUUGGAUUGUCUAUGAUCCUCGGGUUCAUCCUCAUGUUCCUAGUCGACCGUCUUCCGCGCCAUGCUUCCGACAACUUCGUACCGCCGCCACCGCCCAGACAUAUCAGCUUGAGCAACCUGGGAGGAUCAGCACUUUCAGGCGAUGAAGAAGAGUCUGAGGGUUUUCUAGGCUCACUCACGCCCACCCCGAAGCAGUCGAGGAGCCUCGCCACGACGACAGGUCUGGUGAUACAUGCUGCGGCAGAUGGCAUUGCGAUGGGUGCUUCGUCCGCUUCGUCCGACACAACGCUCGGAUUCAUCGUCUUCAUUGCGAUCAUGGUGCACAAAGCGCCCGCGGCAUUUGGUCUCACCUCAAUUCUCCUGAAACAGGGGCUUUCUAAGCGUGCAGCCAGAGGUCAUUUGAUCGUGUUUAGCCUGGCAUCUCCCUUCGGAGCCUGGCUGACUUUUAUACUCGUGAGCUUUCUCGGUGGCCGAGGCGAUGGUUCACUGAACCAGUGGUGGGUUGGAAUGCUUCUACUGUUCUCGGCGGGGACGUUCCUGUGA